GAAAUCCUUGCACCAUUUCUCGCCUGGAAUGAAAAGAGGGCCCUUGUCGGCUGGUCCGAGCAUAGAUAAAAAGCUCUUUUCUCGCAACCCCUCCCGAAAAAUUCGCCAGGCUCUUCCACUUCCUUCACCAUGCGCAACACUCUCAUCUUCUCGGGCACGUCGUGUCCGGACCUGAGCAGGCGAAUAUGUGAGAGCCUGGGCAUGGCUCCGGCCUCGGCCGAGCUCACCCAAUUCUCAAAUGGCGAAACCAGCGUCCGCAUCCUGACGAGCACCCGUGACAAGGACGUCUUUGUCGUCCAGUCGGGCAGUCCCAGGAUCAACGAUACCAUCAUGGAGCUGCUGAUCAUGAUCUCGGCCUGCAAGGGCGGCUCGGCGAGCAAGAUCACCGCCGUCCUGCCGUACUUCCCCUACAACCGCCAGUCCAAGAAGAAGUCUCACCGCGGCGCCAUCACGGCCAGGAUGCUCGCCAACCUGCUGCACGUGGCUGGAGUUAAGCACGUCAUCACGGUCGAUCUGCACGCCUCGCAGAUGCAGGGCUUCUUCCAGUGCCCGGUCGACAACCUGCACGCCGAGCCGCUCAUCGCACGCUGGAUCCGGCUGAACGUGCCCAACUGGAAGGAGGCCGUCGUCGUCUCCAAGAACGCUGGAGGCACCAAGCGAGUCACGUCCCUAGCCGACGCUCUCAAGUUGAACUUCGGCAUGGUGACGACGGACAAGAAGCGAGGCCACAGUAUGACGGCGAGCAUGAUCCUGAACCACAUGGACGACCCGGAGAUGAUGGCAGCGAUGCUCGAGGCUCGUGGUCGAACCCUGAGGGGCCAGGCCCCGGAGGGUGAAGCUGCAAAACAGCAGAUUGAGAAGAAGCAAGAGUCCAGGUCUCGUGUGGUGGCUGAUUCAAGCGGAUCGCCUAGGAGGGCCUCCCUGAGGACAUCCAACGCAAACACAAAUCGGCGGUCGUCGCGGACAACGCCGCGGCCUUCGGUGGACGCUAGUGUGGACUCUGCCACGGCUCCAGCUGUCGAGGCUACCGGCGAUGUUGCCGACGACGAGGCCGACCAGUUCAACGAUGACCCCUCGGACGAGGUCACGCACGCGCGCCUAGUCCAGGGGCACAUCGUGCCGGACGACUUUCCGUCGCCAGCGACAUCUGCGGCAGAUACCAGCCUGCCAGAAGACGAUCCCAUGAUGAUGUCCCACGCCUCCUCGUUUUUCCAGCCCGAUAACCACGCGCUGGGCGGGCCAGGCGACGCUGGCAGCUCUGACGAGGAAGAGGAUAAGCUUAAGGACCCCAAGAUCGAGCACAUGAUCACCCUCGUCGGCAACGUGCGGAACCGCACCGUCUUCAUCGUCGACGACAUGAUGGACAAGCCGGGCAGCUGGAUCGCCGCCGCCGAGACUGUGGUCAAGAGAGGCGGCGCUGAGAAGGUGUACUGCAUCGCGACCCACGGCGUCUUUGGUGCUGACUGCCUCGAGCAGCUAGAGGCAUGCGAUUGCAUCCACCGCAUAGUCGUCACGGACAGCUACCCGAUCCGCCCCGACAAGGCCAGCCGCGCGAAGAAGCUCGUGGUUCUCGACCUGUCUCAGCUUCUGGCCGAGGCCAUCAGGCGGAACCACCACGGCGAGUCCAUCUCGCCUCUCUUCCAGCACAUUCUCGACUGAAGGGCGUUCUAUAGCCCUUCAGAGAUUCCUUGCACCCGAGUUUUGGCGAGCUCUUUUCAUCUUUACCCAACCACCACAGCGGUAUGUGAAUCGACGACUCUCUGUUGACUCGGCUUUUUUGUGACGAUGUACGACUUUGGCGAAGGUAUGCGUUUUACUUGCUUUCAAAGCUUGGCGUCUAUGGGUAAUGCAGGUGUUUCCUUUUCAAAGGGGAGGACGGUUGGGUCGUCACCAAAACACCAUGAGCUAGACUGUCGACCAAUCAUGCGGAUAGCAUUUUCUUGUUUUGUCAUUCUCAGACACAUCCCUAGCGUUGGCCGGGCUGUUGCAUCGGAUGGCCUGGUUUCCUAUUCUUUAAUACCCUGCAAGGGGCUCACCAACGAUGCUGCCUUCUGGGCAGCAGGGGCUUCAUUCAACCCAGAAGAAGUACCUAACGGAGCGUUGGAAGAACAAAUGGCCCCCUUCCUGGGGCCUCUCGAUUAGCAGAAGGCCUGCUGCUCGGACCCGUCCUCGGACGGUGCAUCCUCUUCCUCACGGUCGAUGGGCAGCGCGCAAGAUAACUUUUCGAACAUGUCAUGGAAUUCAGUCAUGCACGAGUCCUAAGUGAUUAAUAUCUCUUUCUCGUGCUCUCGAUAUCUACUUUGAAUAAUCUAUCUUGGAGGCUGCUCCGGGGUGGCCAGUGCCAUCAUGACUGGAAGCCACCAACAUGUCGGUUACGAAAAAGCCUCAAGCGUGCGGCCCAACUCUAUCCGGUUAGUUCCACGAGUUGCCAUGGCUCGAAUUCUAAAAAAACUGAAACAUGUUCCUUUUCUCUGAAACUUUCUCCUCUUCAAAAACCUCUGCAUUUUCUCUCCCAAAAAUGUCUUCUUCAAUGAUUCCCUUCUGCACGUUCCUACGGCAAAGUCUGGCCUACGCGGUCCAGUUGCCAGUGCCACCUGUAAUCACGGCGUCAAGAAGUCGGUCUACCUCGCUCUUGGUACUGCCCAUGUUGUGGUCGACGUGCAGGGCCGGUGGCACGCGC